UCUGACAGGUAUAUGGCUAUAUUGCAUCCACUGCAGUCGAAAUAUUUGUGCACAAUAUCUCAUGCAAGAAUAGUAAUUACAAUUGUAUGGUUCUUGUCUUUUGUACUGGCAAUCCCCAUCUUGAAAGGAAGGAAACAUAUUGAAGUGGGAAUAACUCGCAAAGGCUUCUGGUGUGUCAAGGAAUGGGACAAACCAAUUUACUCGAUUCUUUAUGAAUUAUAUAUGCUGGUUCUAAUGUUUAUAUUACCAGUAGGUGUGAUGGUAGUGGCCUAUGCCAGUAUAGGUUACGAACUCUGGAAGGUUGCCAAUUUAAGAGCUUCAAUGAGGGCUGGAAGUGAGAAUCAACAAUUAACAGAAGUAUCAUCGCAGAGAAGUGUCGCUCCCAUCGUUCGAAAGCCGAAUACAAUGUACAAAGAACAGAAGAAGACAACAGCAGAAGACGACAACACAACUAAACAGGUUGUUCAAAUGUUGGUAACGGUUGUACUUCUGUUCGCGAUUUGCUGGGGCCCGAUUUUGAUCCAGAAUGUUUUGACAGCCUUUGAUGUUAUCGAUUCUUUACAUAUUGGUUGGUUGAAACCAAUGAGACAAGCAUUUUUCAUCAUGUCGUAUCUAAACAGUUGUGUGAACCCUGUUGUGUAUGCGUUCAUGUCGAAAAACUUCCGGGAAAUGUUUAAACUGGCAAUUUGCUCCUGCAUACGAGGCAGCAAAUAUGUCCGUCAUUAUAAAUAUAACCGUGCUGUCUCAUUCGACACGCGUACGAGUGCUUUUAGCCAAACUCGAAGCGUUACAAUGGAUAUCAAAACCGAUGAUGACGUAGAAUAUAACGAAAAUCGUCUGAAUGUUAUAAAUAGGGGCUACAAUUCCUCACCGAGAGGGAGCCGAGAUGAAAUGAUGGAAAUGCGACAAGGCAUGCUGGCCAGUCCUGUAGCAUCACCGAAGUUCCAAGAUCAGAACAGUAAUGCCGAUACUAAACUUUCAGAGACAUGUCAGCUGUAAAAAAGAGAGAAAAACACACAACCGAAAGUAAACGAUUCCUGGUUUUAUACAGAGAGAAUACAACAAUAAUUUCUUUGUCACUAAACAAUGAUUCAGUUGUAUUCGUCUAUCACACCGUUUCGAGAAUUGCCAUCACCUAUAUUCUGUUUAACCACCGCCGUAUCAGUUGGUAUUCGGUUUCAUUAUCAGUCAUGAAAAAUUGCCAAGGCAAGACGGAUGAAUAGUCAUCUAAGCCAUCGGACAUGGUUGUGCAAUUGAGCUCACGAAACUGAAUAAUUUGUGAGGUUAACACAUCAACUACUAUCAAAUAUUCGGUUGCGUGCAUUUUGUUUGUGUCUCUAGUGUACAUUAAGAGAGGAGACACAUGGAACAUACCAAAUGAAGCGCUGUGCGGAGAAAAGCAAAAUGGAACAGCAAGACUACUAAAAGUAAAAUCAACAAUAAUAUAGCAAAAAUAUGAUUUGUACGGUGUAACGUUGCAGGGUGUUUUUUUAUAAAAUUUUUGAAUCAGUGAAAACAAAGAUAUAUUUCCGGCAACGGCUUUUAAGGAAUAUCGUUCCUCGAGAUAUGCAUGUCAAACUUCUACUUCGGCGCUUGGAAAUGAUUUGGAAACUAAAGAAAUAAAAUAACAAUAAUCAAUAAAAAAAGCGUUUUUUUUUCUCAUAGCAGAGAUAAUUGUCAAGUCAAGUGGGAAGAAUAUCCAUGUUGUUCUAAAUGGGAAUAAUACGAACACCAUACUAUGAAUAUGUAUGGAAAUACCAAAGGAAAAAAAAAG